GCUCCCACCCAGUCUCCCGCCAAUCAAUCAAUAACGUUAGUGUUUAGAUUUAAUUUUGGCAACCGUUCUAAUAACAAUUCACUGACACUGGCGUUGCCUAUCAACUUCGCUGGAUGAGGUUGUCAUAUGGAGUGAUUUCAAAUGGAGAAAAAAGAAGCCUGCAAAUCUGGAUAUGGAGUGUGUGAUAGAGCAGUAAUGAGUCAACCCAAUACUCCGGCAAAGUGGAACUCAAGGAUUCUGGACUGUUGCAUUGACAGGAGGGUCUGUUUGUGUGGUACCUUCUGUUCAAUGUGCCUAGCCUGUCAGAUGGCUGAGAGGUAUGGUGAAUGCUUCUGUCUCCCCCUGCUGCCAACAACUAUGAUGAUGAUGCGCACAUCAAUGAGAGAGAGAUACAACAUCCCGGGCAGCUUAAUUGAUGACUGGGCAGUGCACAUGUUCUGUGGACCCUGUGCUCUAUGUCAGAUGGCAAGAGAGAUGAAACACCAACUGGGUUGAGAUUGAAAGGCAAUCAAUCCAUUUGAGUUUUGGGGGUCUGUGCAUACCUAAUAAAAGAAGAAGAAAAACACUGAUGGCUUUAUAUUACAUACAGUAUCUGAUGAAUUCCAAUUGAAUAAGUCAUGCAUGGAAUUUACAAAAAGGCCUAAUAAACCUGCAUGUACGAUUAUACAACUUUUGUAUAUUGUGCACAACCAUAAUUAAUGUUUUUGUUUAUUUUCUUGCACAUGCAGCUGUCAAUUUGACUAUUGAUUAUUAUUUGUUGCUAAAACAAUGACAAAGUAAAGUACAAUUAAUA